GUGCGGGUUCAUGCCAGCUAAAGAACUGAGUACCUUAUUCUUGCAGAGCGAACACGUUGUUAACACAUCACCGCCAACCCAGUGAUUUCAUUCUGAUUGCAUCUUCGCUCUCCGUGCACUUGUGAACAAAGAAACACAAUCUACGCAAUACGUACUACCGACUUAACGAUUUUUCAUUUUUUUCCCCCCAUCGCUGAACCCGACGGAGAACAACCGACCUUCGAUCGCACAGGGCGCAACAGCCACCCGGCGCCGCGGGACCUCGACCGAAUACUGGGCACUGGUUUUGAUUUGCCCCAUGCACCGCCGUCGUCGCACCGACCCGUCGACAACACCGAAGGAGCUAGUCUACUGCUUCAACAAUCGCUAGUCUGACGGUGACGGCUGCACCGAGAUAGCGACUGACAGAUAGUAUGCCUCCGCCGCCCAACAGGUUCCCGACCGGGCCUACCACCAUCUCGCCCUACCAACAUCAGUUUCCUCCACAUGGCCAAGGCCACGCCGGCGGCCAUCCGCCGCCACUAGGGAACCCGGCCUACAUCAACCCCAAUGCUCAACUGAACCCCUUCGCCGCCAACGGAGCCCUGAGCCUGGCUGCCGGUCUGAACGCUGCCACUGGCUUCGGCGCCCACGAUGCUUCGGGGUUGGGCAGCCAUGCGGCGCGUCUGGGUUUCUCUCAGGGUGCCGCUCUCCAACAACACCAUCAGCAGCAGCAACAACAACAUCACCCACAACAGGGCCAUGGAGUCAUGGUCGACCACCCCACCCGUAACCAGACCAAGGGUCGUAUACGAGAAGUGUGGAAGCACAACCUCCACGAGGAAAUGGCUGUGUUGCGAGACUUGAUAGAGAGAUAUUCAUACAUAUCAAUGGACACAACUUUCCCCGGCGUGGUUUGCAGGCCAAUGGGCUCUUUCAGAUCUAAGAGAGACUACCACUACCAGUGCCUGCGGGCCAACGUUGACAUGCUCAACGUCAUCCAGAUAGGCAUAACCCUGUUCAACGAGGACGGUGAGAACCCGCCUGCGCGUCCCAACUCCACCGAUGUCGCCGAGCUCUUAGGUGCCGCAGGCCGGAGGAGUGCACAACAGGGGCCUUUACCCUAUACGUGGCAGUUCAACUUUCAGUUCUCAUUGAAGGAUGACAUGUACAGCCAAUCCCAAAUCGAAUCGCUCCUGCAGGCCGGUAUCGAUUUUGUCGCCUUGGAGCGCGACGGCAUCAACCCAAAAGAAUUCGCAUCCCUGAUGAUCUCAUCAGGCAUGGUGUGCGACGAAAACAUCUCAUGGAUAAGCUUUCACAGUGCUUACGACUUUGGGUAUCUGCUCAAGCUUCUUUGGUGCAAUAUGCUACCGGAAGACCAAGACGAGUUCAAGCAGCUCCUCAGGUUGUUCUUCCCCAACAUAUAUGAUGUUAAGUACUUCAUGAAGCACCAGAUGAAGCCUCUCAACGCAAUAGGCUUCCAAGGGAUCGAUGGUGCUAUCGUGGAUGCGCUGCAAAAGUUUGACCACAAGUCAACCCUCGAGACAUUGGCCGAAGUGCUCAAGGUUAAGCGCACAGGGCCUGCACACCAGGCAGGAUCGGAUUCUCUACUCACUGGCCGUGCCUUCUUCCAAAUGCGCGAGAAGGUCUUUGGUGGCAAGCUACCAGAGGACAUUCUGGGCCAGGUAUGGGGACUAGAAGAUCCGGAACCCGGGCCAUCGCUGGCUCUAGCUUCUGCCAAUGCCGCAGCGGCUGCGAACCAGGGCGAGGGCGGCGCGAACGGCACCCAGGGACAUCAUUUGCAGCAUCACCAACAGCAGCAACAGCAGAAUGGCCCCAGCACCCCGAAUACAGUUUCUGCUAGCCUGGUCACGACUCCUGGAGCAGUAUCGCACUCUCACAACACAAACGGUAUGGGCGCCGGAGGCAUGGGACCAAUGACACCUGGUGGAGGAGGUGGCGCGUUUGGCCACUUUGCGUUCUCGAGCCACCAACGACCUGGCGGCAACCAGGCAGUCAACCUUACCCACAGUCCACACAAUACAGACCCUCUGCCUCGCCCAAGGCUUUUGGACCUCGACCUGCGCCGUCGCAUCAUUCUUGGAACACUUUCACUUAUGCCGAAACCCGCGGACCGCAUCAUCCCGACACCACACCGCAGAGGCGAGGCCUACUACCUGAUACUUCUAGAUCCGCUCCUUCCCAUCCGUCUCGGCCCACUCUUGUAG